UUCAGGCGGGGUGGUUAGUCCGCAUUCGACCGCGCGCGCGGUAGCGUUGGCUCAUCGAAACAGCUCUACGGCGAACGAUUCGAGUUGUGAAAACAUUUUUCUUGUGCGCUUUUACGUUUAAUACUGUGAUUUAUCAAGAAUUGAUAUGGAACUACGUGAUUUAAACUUGGACCGUGAAUUGUGACGCCAUCAGGAAGUUUGUUUACCGAAAACUUAAAAGGAACAUGUUUUUGUGUCAAGAAAAACUGUUGAAAAUUUUUGCAGUUGGCAACUGAAGAAUUUUGUAAGACUGUAUUAUUAUGACCAGCAAUUUUUCACUUGGAUUUAUGUGCGCGUUAUGAUAAGGGAGGAGCUUUGACCAUAACUCUUAUUGUGAGUCAAGGAUACCAAAGAUAAUGUGUGCCAAAAUGUUUUUGUAUAGUUUUACUUUGUUUUCGGCCAUAUGGAUUGGAGUGUUAGCUGAAGAGGAGGUGUCGUCGCCGUUGCGGGUAGCGCAGUGCAGAGCGACAUGCUUGCAGAAGUUCGCGAUGCCACGUCCCAGCGGGGAGUCAUCGUGUUUACAAGGUCCAGAUUGCUUUAUGUGCUGGGAGAAUUGCGAGCUUCUUCAGUCUAACUACCAAAUAUGGGGAGCUGUCUGUGAAGAAAAGGACAUCUGCUUCCCUGGAUGCAAAGUGGCGUGUGAGUUCCACGCUGAAGCGGCAAGGGCAUCGCAGACACAGCCUGUGAUUCACACGAAAGGCGAGGGCGUCAUGCGUGUUAGCGGAGCGCUAGCCCGCUGGCCACCCCCCGCCCCCCGCGCCACAUCUCGCCCUACUCCCCUCGUCUAUGUCGUCAUGCGACGAGCUGCCGAGGGUCCGUGGAGACAAAUCAUUCAAACCCAAUCGCUCGCCACCAGGGUACCUUCCAACAACGAGGGAGCUCUCCUUCGCGUCUUAGUUGUGGACCCACUCGGUCUCGUCACCAUCUACAGCCCAGACGAAACCUGGGUCGCUCACGAUUCCAACUCAUCAAAUCACGAUCAACACAAAUGGACUUUAAAAGAAAUAUCCUUGAUUCACCAGAAAGUACUCGUAAUAGGUGAAAUUGCUUGGGAGCCAAGAAUAGCUCGCGGUGUUUACCUUGUUACCUGGGAAGUCGACGGUGGUGGACUAAAAGGCAACCUGUUCACGGACUCAACCCGAGUAACGCUUUCUCUAUGGCCUGAUACUAUUUACCAUAUCCAAGUAGAACUAGUUUCUAGAACCCCGGGCGUUGACAACGAAAGAUCAGAAACGAUGACCAUCGAUACGAGUCGAGCUCAACGUGUUUCAACUGAAAGCGUGCAAGACGUGCAAGUCAGCGAAGGUGACCGACUUAUGUCCGUCCUUGUUAGUUCAAUGAGAGGAGAGCGCGUGCCCGAGCGAGCACCUGACUCUGAAUUAGUAUUAGGUUGCUUAUCAGCCAUGAUUGCCUUUGGUUUGGCUGUGCUUGCCGCUGUAUUGUGGAGGCGGAGACGACGAGGUACAUUUCCAGGGACCAACGUUUAUGUCGGAUCCUCCUCCGUACUCAAGCGAAAACUAGUGGAAGACUUUGCGCCCGCAGCUCAUUGUUUCCAACCUGUGAUAACUCCGGAGGCACCCAACAAUGAGGUUGCUUCUAGGGAUGUUGUUGUGUGACGUCACAGCUUCGACAUGCUGUCUGUAGAAAACCGUACCUACAGUUCCUAAACUAGUGAACGAAUUUUCGUGGACACUGACAAGUUACGAACAAGGAACCAGUGGAGUUGAGUUUCUUAUGUGAUAUAAAAAAGGUAUUUGGACAAGUGAAAAUAGUGACGCUGGUUUGAAAAACGAUGACAAGUUUUGUGAUUUACGUUUAAAAUUUUCGUUAUGAACUUUUUGUAAGUCACCUGUUGUAAAUGCUAUGUAAUAAAUUAUCUUCUUAUGUGAAAAUUCUUUUAUGUAGAUUUAGGCGAUUGUAAAUUAAAAAAAUAUACCUAUAAAUGUAUUUAUGAAUCACAGUAAGGUUAACACCAGAAAAAUUAGAAUUGUAAAUAUGUUAAGAACAAAAUAGUAAAUCAAAUUAGUAAUUUUCUAAAUAUUCGAUUCGUUUAUACCGCUUGUACAUAAUGUGACUACUAUAGGUACAUGUAACGCAGAAUGAAUAAAUGUUGGACGUCUAUUUGUUUGGUAUAGUUUUCAAUCUCGAUAUGAACGCAGGUUUUAAGUAUAGUAUUAUCAGUAAAAUUUAGAACUAUUUCUACAACUAGUCCUUAUUAUUGUUUAGUUAAAAUAUAGAAUUAGAUAUAUUUUACUAAAAUACUUUUGAUGGGGAUGAUCUGACUCAUUCUAGUGAACUUACGAUGUCUUCUUCAGCAAUAAAUAGAUACAUGUUUAAUGUAUAUAAAAGAACAUGAUAAUUAUUGUAAAAACACGGCAAAGAGGUUAUAUUUUUGUUGUCUGACGACAGAAAUAAUCUAAGCAUUAUGUAUGUAAAUAAAGGAAGCAAACAUUUAUAUAGGUACGAGUUCAUUCUCUUAUAUUUCUUUGCAAAACGGUAUUCAAUUUCCUACAGACAGAUCCAAACUAUGACAAUUAGCUAUACUUUCUCAAGCAGAUAUCUAAAUAUAUAUUAACGUGUAAAUUACCGCAAAAAUAAUCAUCAAAUCCCAUGUUGUAGUCUAUUUGUUUAAAGUUGAUGUUAGCUUUAAACGUGUACUUAAUAAUUUAAGUUCGUUAUGUAGUGCGAAACCGAAAAUAUAAAAUACCAAAAUUUGUCUCUUCCUAAGAACAAAUUUGGGUUCGAACAACCAAAAUCUGAAUAGUUUAUGCUAAGCGCUUAAUUAAAGUUAUUUAUUUGUGAUUAAUUUUGUACCUUUACUCGAUCUGUAAAUAAAUAUUACGUGCUAUUUGAUGAAGCUGAACUUUAACGAGUAUAAAUAAAUAUGUCUGCCAAAUUA